CGCGGCUGCGCAGUGCAGUGUAGAUAUUACCGGAGGGCGAGUGGGUUGGGCUGAAUGGUAGAAUCUUCCGCUAUGAAAUCACAAUCGGAAUUGACAACAGGACGUUAGGAUGCGUUUGUUUUUCUACUCAUCAAACAGGCCAACAGGUGCGUCGUUAGAGUCUGGCGCGGACAUGCUAGUGACAGGUAUGCUAUGCCUGCUCCUGCUCGCGCACCAGUGUGUGUCCGCGCCACAGGUGCCCGAGGACCAAAGAGUACAGUCAGUAGGAGCCCUUCCCCCUUUCACACUGGCCAAUCCCUUCGGCUCUGGAGAGGAGGACCGCAGGCUGCUGCAGAGCUACAUCAAGGCCAACCUAAAGGAGGGACAUGGAGGACCGGAUAACACCUGGGAACAAGAGGUGUUCUUCCUGUUCAGUCUCCAUGACUACGACCGCAGCGGUCACAUGGACGGCCUGGAGAUAUUGAAGCUGCUCUCUGAAUACAACUCCCACAAUGCACCUGGAGAACAGUCAGCUGAGACGGUGGUGGCCAUGGUAGACUUUCUCCUGCAGACUCAGGAUCUAAACCAGGACGGUCUAAUAGCUCCCCCUGAGCUUCUCUCUCCUCCCAAACUACAGCCAGACGCUAACUCCCAGGGUGCACCUGAACAGGAAGGGGGUGUAGAUGUCAAAGAGGGAGUCAAUGUUGAGGAACCAAAACAAGAGGCAGAGCAGGAAGAGGAAGCAGAGGAACGGCUCAUUGUGGAAGACUCAAGGCCAGGAGAUGGACAGUAAAUUAGGACAUGAACAUGCUAUACAGGAAAAGGCAAAAGGACCACAUAUCCCAUAGGCCACUGCUGCUGAUCAUGAGCAACAAAUGCCUGCUCCUGUACUACAUCAGGGGCAACCUGAGAUGUAAACAAUUAUAUGCAAACAGCACUCCAGCACAACUAAAUUACUUCCAUCCAGAGAGUUGGGUCAGCCAAUCGCAGGAGCCUGUUCACUGACAUGCAGAGUUACCCAAUCACAGCCUCUCAUCCCCCUUUGAGGGUCUUGUUUCAGUUCAAAGCUGAUGGAUUGUCUGCUUUUUUGGUACAAAGUCAAGGUAUGUCAGCCAUAUUGUUUAAGCUGCUGUUACAUUUCAUCAUUGCUCUUCUGAACAAGAAACUCAGGUUUGAAAUGUGUUGUGCCAAAAGAUACUAUGCCUUACACUGCUAAAUAGCAGCGUGGCCAUUUGGUUCUCAUACUUUAGUAGUUACCCUGUUGAAGCAAUCCAAAUUAAGCCAUACAUUAGAAUGAACAAUUUGAAAAGUUCAGGAAUACGUCAAGUGCAAUUCAUUUCAAUACUUGGGAUUAAGUAUUCCCCUUCCCAGAAUACACUGCAGUUCAUUCCUCCCAUGGAUGCAAAAGGAAUGGACAGAGUUAAGAAAUGUGGAAAAUCCCUGAAGCUCAUGAUUUGGCCUCAUUACUGCAUUUGAGGGACAUUGUUUUUACUGGUAGCUCAGGUCAAAAACCCUUGGUCCCUUGUGCCACCUGCAAACUAAAACUUGUACAAAGACUUUUGCUUCCCUGCACAGCCCCAAUGCAGAGUUGCCCCCUUCUCCCAGAGUUCCUUUCAAAUCCAUGAAGGGAAUGAACAAAUACACACGUUGGGGAGAAGGGUCUACAAUUUAGGCUAGGAUGUUUUGAUUUCAUGUAAUAAAAAAAAUACUACAUUUGGAAUUUAAGAAACAAAUUAAUAUUUUGUUUGCUGUACAUUUUCCUGAAUUGAAGAUGUAUAUUUAAGACUAAACAAAAUAAAGCUAAAACGAAUGCUAACUUUA